AUGAACGAGCUUUCUUCUACCCCAUCACCUUACCAUUCGUCUCUCCGGCCACCCCCUCGACGUGGAACCUCUGGAGCAACUGAUCACCAUCAUCCACACGAUGACCCCCGUUCACAAUCUUAUACACCCUCAUACCCUCAACAUUCCUAUUCUCCAACAACCUCCCCUGCACCUCAUCAUGCACCCACUGGCUUUGGACAAGACUCUGUAGAAGUUGAAGCCGGUCAGACCUCAACAACCUUCUCCCGUGGCAGCGUCUAUGACGAUCCACGGAAGCGCCGUCUCGACACGUUGGCACUGGUCGAUAAUGCAGAAUUUGGAUGGUUCCAUGUCCGAGCAUGCAUGGUUGCUGGUGUAGGGUUCUUUACGGAUGCAUACGAUUUGUUUGCCAUCAACUUGGUUUCGCCAAUGUUAGGUUAUGUAUACUUUAGUCACUUGGGCAAUUCCGUACCUGCUGAUAUUGACCUAGGCCUAAAGAUCUCUGCUUCAAUCGGAACUUUUUUUGGUCAAAUUGGAUUCGGUUACCUUGCUGAUGUGCUCGGACGAAAGAGAAUGUACGGUGUUGAGUUGCUCAUUAUUAUUGUUGCAACCUUCGGUCAAGCCGUCUCUGGUGACAGUUAUGCGCUGUCACUUCCUGCGAGUAUCAUUCUUUGGCGGUUCAUCCUCGGUGUCGGUGUAGGAGGCGACUAUCCCUUAUCAGCUGUCAUCACGUCCGAGUUUGCAACAACUCAUCGACGAGGUGCCAUGAUGGCAGCUGUCUUUGCAAUGCAAGGAUUCGGCUACUUGACUACAGGUAUCGUCGCCAUUGUCCUUUUGCUCGGUUUCCGAUCCUUGAUCGAGCUCGACCCUAAGAAUUUGGACUAUGUCUGGCGAUCUCUCAUCGGCCUCGGAUGUGUCCCUGCUCUGGUAGCAGUUUACUUCCGCAUGACCAUCCCAGAGACCCCACGUUUUGUGCUUGAUGUCGAAAAUAAUUUGAUCAAAGCAGAAAAUGACGUUGCAACUGUUCUAAAGACAAGAAAUGCGCUGCAGAGUGAUCGGGAUGUGGUUGAGGAACGUCACGCUCAAUUCAACAUUGUUUACCCCCGAAAAGGCAGUGGCGGUGGCCGUAAUGAAUAUGCUAAUGCCAUUGAACUCGGUCAUAUGAACGACGACCCAUCUCCCAGGCUCACGGGAGCACAGUCGUAUACUUCUCAAACAGCAUUGAGAAGGAACAAUGGCAGCAAAUUUCAGAGCCAUCAAAGUAGUUUGCGUGACUUUUGCCGUUACUUCUCUCGCUGGGAAACGUUCAAGGUGUUGAUGGGUACUUCCAUGACUUGGUUUGCAUUGGAUGUAGCGUUUUAUGGCAUCGGACUCAACAACACUUUUAUCCUCUCGACCAUCCACUUUGGCGCAGUUGAUGGUAAUGCAUAUUACACCAUGUGGAACGCCACGGUCGGACAGGUCAUCAUUGUUCUAUUGGGCGCCAUUCCUGGUUAUUGGGUCACGGUGUUUACAAUCGAACGCCUUGGACGGAUCAAGAUCCAGGUUAUUGGCUUCGUCAUGUCCUGUGCUCUCUUCUGUACUCUCGGUUUUGCUUACAAUGUUAUCCAUGAUACGUCUCCUGUGCUCUUUGUGUUUUUGUUCGCGGUUACUCAGUUCUUCCAAAAUUUCGGUCCUAAUGCUACGACUUUUAUCAUCCCUGGAGAGUGUUUUCCUACUCGGUACCGCUCCACAGGUCAUGGUAUCUCUGCAGGCAUGGGAAAGCUUGGCGCUAUCGUUGCCCAAAUUGGCUUCUCCAACAUGAAAGACCGUGGUGGCAAAAACCAAUUCAUCCCACAGCUGCUCCAGAUCUUCGCCCUCUUCAUGUUCAUCGGCUUACUCUUUACGUAUUUUGUUCCUGAAACCAAAGGCAAAACUCUGGAGGAGCUCUGUGGGGAAGAUGAUUAUGCAGAGAGACAACUCGAGCGAGAGAGACCUUUUAAUAAUAAUCAUCUUUACGAGGAGAAGGAGGAUGAUUAA